AUGUGUCUUGAAUCCGCCAGAGCCGGUGCUGGUGAAACCGGAUCAUCCUCAAACACUGUUGACCCAGCUGUUCGAGAUGCGUUGCGAGUCUACGUUCCCCGGGGAUCCGCAAUGUGUGCCGAUGCAUUCGAUCUCAUGAUGACUGCUCUGCCGCUGCCCAUAAUCCACCACAGCAUGAGGGUGUUUCUGUUUGCCAAUUGGUUGGCCCGAAAGGAGCAGAGUUGGUGGGCGGACACCGAUGCUCUGUUUGUGGCAUGCAUCUGCCACGAUUUUGGUGCGUCCCAUCUACACGACGGUCCACAGCGUUUCGAGGUUGAGGGUGCGGACGUCGCGGCGGACCUCCUUCGGAAGCAUCACAACUCCGAGCAAGAUGCUCAUGAGGUCUGGACAGCUGUAGCGCUACAUACGUCUGCGGGAAUAGCUGAACGCAUCGCUCCGUUAUCGAGGCUUGUCAGACUCGGUGUCCUAAUAGAUUUCCGGCCUCCAACGCGACAAGAGUUGGGCGCCGUAUCAUUUGCAGAGGAGAUCGAGUCCAAAUUACCACGGCUUGACAUUGAGAUGAUACUUGGCGAUGCCGUCGUCGCACAGGCUGUGCGGAAUCCGAAGAAAGCACCUCCAGCCUCGUGGCCUGGCAUUCUCUACAAGGCAUAUCUAGAGCAUCCUGAGAGGGGAGGAGUUAAUCCUGCCUUUUAA